GGGGUUGGGUUGAGAGCUGCUGGUGUGCGUCCAACAUCAAGAGAAAUCACAUGACUCCCAGGUCCUGUCUGUGUCUUCUAGUCAGCUGCAAGUAAAAGCGACAAAUACACUGCCAGUUUCUCCAGGACGAUGAAGCUGAUCAUCCUCAAUGACUACGACCAGGCGAGCGAGUGGGCUGCAAAGUACAUUAGAAACAAGAUUUUAAUGUUCGAACCUGGCCCCGAUAGAUACUUCACUCUGGGGCUUCCCACAGGGGGUACCCCUCUGGGUUGUUACAAGAAACUGAUCGAGUACUACAAAACUGGAGAAAUCUCCUUCCAGUAUGUAAAAACGUUCAAUAUGGAUGAAUAUGUAGGUAUUCCUAGAGAUCACCCGGAGAGCUACCACUCCUUUAUGUGGAAUAACUUCUUCAAGCACAUAGACAUAAAAGCAGAGAACACCCACAUCCUGGACGGCAACGUUGCGGACCUGCAAACAGAGUGUGAAGCCUUUGAGGAAAAGAUUACAGCUGCUGGGGGGAUCGAGCUCUUUGUCGGAGGUAUUGGACCAGAUGGCCACAUUGCCUUCAACGAGCCUGGCUCCAGUCUGGUUUCCAGGACUAGGGUGAAGACCCUGGCAAAAGACACGAUCGUGGCUAAUGCCCGGUUCUUUGAUGGGGAUCUCUCAAAGGUGCCUACAAUGGCACUGACUGUGGGAGUGGGCACUGUCAUGGACGCAAAAGAGGUCAUGAUUCUCAUCACCGGGGCGCACAAGGCAUUUGCUUUAUACAAAGCUAUAGAGGAGGGUGUGAAUCACAUGUGGACAGUGUCUGCGUUCCAGCAGCACCCACAGACUGUUUUUGUAUGUGAUGAAGACGCAACCCUGGAACUACGGGUCAAAACUGUAAAGUACUUCAAAGGGAUGAUGCACGUGCACAACAAGCUGGUGGAGCGACCUCCCUCAGUGCCAAAGAAGAACUGAAGAGAUCCUGCCCAAACUUUGUGGAUUCAUAAGGCAUUUUUUCCAAUGUAACACUCCAAUGAUUCUUUAUAUCUUCUGGCGAAGAUACAUUGGUGAACAUCCAGCAGUGCUUGGAGUUUACCUCAACUAAUCUUUGUAUGAAUAAUCAGGUGCUAUUCAAAUUUGUAUGUGAUUCCUAAACAGGUUUGCUUCUCAUUUAUUUUUAAUAAAGUGUAUUUCUUUGUA